UUCUCAGCUGACAACGAAAUUUUACGAACAAAAAUUGAUCAGUUAAUGAAGAGGAUUCAUGCAGAUGAUCAGUCGCAACAGAUCACCAGACUCAAUUUGAUCCUCAACGAUGUUGUCUCGGAAAAUAAGAAAUUACUGGCUUGCAAAGAACGCCAAAGAAUGGACAUUGAUGCACUCGAGGCCACGUUAAAGGACCAGAGGAAUCAUAUCGCGAUUCUCGAAAAAGCUCUGAGUAAUGCGCAAGAAAAAGCACGGAGGAAAGAACGGGAGGCCGAGGAACUUACAGAGCGGAUGGAACGAGCCGAGUCGUUGCAGAGAGCUGUUGAAAAAUCAAUGUUUGAUAAGCGUUCACAAGAAGAUGAAUGGAAACGUGAGAGGGCGCAGCUCGAAAUGGAGAAUGCUCAACUGAAGAUGCAGCUAGCAAAGGAAAAUAAUCGCAUAACAUUGCUAGAGAAAAAUACGAUUGAGCUGGAAGCGAAAUUUCACGAAGAAAUGCAGCGGAACAAAAUGGCGAUUGCAACACAAUCAGACACGCUUAGUAGUGAAGAAAUUGAGAGAAUUUCAAGCUCGGGAAAACUAAAGAAAAUGGAAGAAGAAAAGAGCGAGAAAGAUCGUAAAAUUGCUGAACUGACGGAGGAGAAAGAAAGACUGUCCGAGAAAUUGGAGGAUGAGAGGAAGAACAUGGAGAACAGGACAAAUUUAUUGGAACGAGAAAUCGACCGUAUAAGAAUUGGUGAUGAUCGCAGAUUUCGAGAGGAUAUGGCACGCAUGGAACAAAUGCGAUUGAAAAUCGCCGAUAGACGUUGCUUUACAACUGAACAUGCUCGUAACAGCGAGGAUGACGAGAUCUUUUCGAGCAUUUCGAAAAGAUCUGCAAAUAAACUGAAAGAGUCUCCUGCCGCUGCCGCUGCUGCUGCUUCUGUUAUGAUAUGUUCUUCACCGAUUGCUUCUGGUUUAGCUGCUGACGAAGAAUUACAUAUAAGAAAAGAACAGAUUUGGGAAGUUUGA